AUGCUUUACAUUUUAUUCCAGAUUGGAAUUCUAUUGAUCCUCGCCGUUGCUGUGGUAGCUGAUAAGAAGAUCGAGUUGCAGGAUAUCGAAGAAGAUAAUCUGAAGAGUGAGAAGAAAAGCGAUCACGAUAAAUCAGGAGCAAGAUCUCAACAGGAUGGCCCAAGUGAUUCUGGUGUGCCUCUAGAAGUUUUGAAGAACAGUUUUCUUCAAUACUACCAAGGAUUAUCUUCAACACCACAACAACAACGAUAUGUUCAACAAUACGCUGUAUCUGAGCAACCUGAACGCAUUUCAGUAUCUCCUAAACCAGAGUAUGGACCACCUCCUUCCCCUCAAUCCAUGGUAGAAUAUCUAUCAAAUGUCCCAGUGCAGUUCUUUUUACUACCGCAAUAUUAUAAUCAACACAAUGAGCAGGAAGGACAGUCUGGACUUCAUAUUCCAGUACCAACUGUAGCUCAAGUGUAUUCAAAGCCUCAACAAAUUCAACAAUCAACACAACAACAAUCUCAGCAACAAGUCCAACAUCAGUCAAAUUAUAUAGAAAUACCUACAUAUGUAACUCCCACAGCAACUCCUUACGUUCAACCAUACCCAUCUCCAAUAACUUACAUAAGUUAUUCUCAACCUACCAUUGCUCCUGUUCAACCAACUGCUGCUCCAGUAUUUACUUAUCAAGCACCCAUUAUUCAUUAUCAAAAUGCAAUCCCAUCUCCUCCGCAAAAAGGUUUUGAUGAAGUUCAACAAUAUACACAAUCUAAUAUAGCAAAUCAGGAUCUGGAGAAUGAAAUCGAGGGUCAUAAACAUUAUCUUAAGCAGCAAGAAAUUUCUAAACCUUCAGGACAAGAUUUCCCUCGUUAUUAUAAUUCUAGGGUGCCUAUUAGAGAAGAAUAUCGUUCUAACCAUAUCCAACUGCCACACCCAGGUCCACUUAUAUUAAAGGCAACACCAUCUCAUUUAGCUCAUAUUCCUAAGACUCUCCCAGUCAAUCGUCCCUUAACAAAACCUGUAUACACGAGUGGACGUGGCUUCAUACCUAAUUCAUUCUCUCCUAAGCCAUCUGAAGUUUUCUCACAUGGUUUGAACAGACGGCCAACUUCAUUAUUGGAUUCAUACAUACCAUCAAGUUUACAAAUAGAAUACCUAAAAAGGGGAUUAGCUGCGGAUCCCUUAUCUGCUUAUGAGGCAUUAUCAAGCGGAAGACAUUUGGCACAAUCACAGUUUAUCCCAAGGCAUUACGAGAGAGGCUUUCUUCCAAAUCAAAUUUAUCACACUGCCGCUGGUGGAAUAGCGUUUGGACAUCACAAAAGAGCUCCCAAGUAG